UGCCCUUCCUGCCACACCAACUUCAAGGACCACUCCGAGUUGUCGGCUCAUGUGGAUUCCUGCUGCCCAGAGCAACCCACCUGCUCGGCUGCCGCCACAACCACUCCAGGCCAGGAUCACUCCAGCAUCUCCUCCUCCUCCUCCUCCUCUUCUGUGGAAGUCCGUCCUGAAAGUCCGGCGCCGAGCAUGGAUGUCGAGUCUGGGACCCUGCUGACCGACCAAACCCACGAGCCGGCCCUGCCUCGGCCACCGCCACCGCCGCCCCCGCCGCUGCCCCCCUCGGCCGCCGCUGUCUCCACGGGGCACCUCAACAUCCCACUGAUCCUGGAAGAGCUGCGUGUCCUGCAGCAGCGGCAGCUGCACCAGAUGCAGAUGACGGAGCAGAUCUGCCGACAAGUGCUGCUCUUGGGCUCCCUGGGGCAGGUGGGGUCGCCGGCACCCUCCGCAGAUCCAGCGCCUGUGGCAUCCCUCCCCCCUAAGCCCCCCUUGCCGGUCUUCUCCAUCAAGACGGAGCCGGGGAGGACCCAGGCGUCCAGCUCCCCGGAGGUGCCCAAGCCCACGUUCUUCCACCUAUACCACCCUUUUCCCAGCGGGGCGCGAGUCCCCAAGGCCGAGCAGCUCCUGGCCCCGGCCUUCCCCACGGCCACAGGCCUCCUGGCAGCCCAGUGCUUGGGCGCCGCCCGGGGCCUGGAGCAGGCCACUUCCCCGGGGCUGCUGCGGCCGAAGAAUGGCGGGGCGGGAGAGGCCAGCCUGGAGGAGAAGCCCAGCGGGCGCCACAAGUGCCGCUUCUGCGGCAAGGUCUUCGGCAGCGACAGCGCCCUGCAGAUCCACCUGCGCUCCCACACAGGCGAGCGCCCGUACAAGUGCAACAUCUGCGGGAACCGCUUCACCACCCGCGGCAACCUCAAGGUGCACUUCCACCGCCACCGGGAGAAGUACCCUCACGUCCAGAUGAACCCCCACCCGGUCCCGGAGCACCUGGACUACGUCCUGACCACGUCGGGGUUGCCCUACGGCAUGUCCGUCCCCCCGGAGAAAGCCGAGCCCGGAGAUGAGAUGGCGACCCCGCCGGCCGCCGAACGCAAAGCCCUCAGCGCCACCGAGAGCCUGACGCUGCUCUCCGGAGCGUCUCCAUCGGCCGCCGCCCAGGCCUUGCCCAGCUUCAACAAGCUGGUCCUCAUGAAGGCCGUGGAAGCAAAAGGGAAAGGCGAUGAGAACACGCCCCCGGAAAGGGAGGCGGAGGGUGCCCGGCUGCAGCUGGGGAAGCUGGUGGGCUCCUUGCCCAGCUGGGCGCUGCUGGCCAGCCACUUCAAGGCGGGCACGGCGGUGGGGCCUUUCCCCUGUGUCCUGGAGGCAUCGCCCUCGGAGACCUCCAAGCUGCAGCAGCUGGUGGAGAAGAUCGACCGGCAGGGGUCCCCGUCCUCCUCCUCGUGUGCCGUCCCCGUCACGGCCGCCACGCAGGCGGCGGCGGCCUCCUCCUCUGCCUCCGCAUCGCCGCCCGCCUCCUCGGGGCCCAACCAGUGCGUCAUCUGCCUGCGCGUCCUCAGCUGCCCCCGAGCUCUCCAGCUCCACUAUGGGCAGCACGGCGGAGAGCGGCCCUUCAAAUGCAAGGUGUGUGGACGGGCCUUUUCCACCCGGGGGAACCUGCGGGCCCACUUUGUGGGCCACAAAACCAGCUCGGCGGCCCGAGCCCAAAACUCUUGCCCCAUCUGCCAGAAGAAGUUCACCAACGCCGUCAGCCUGCAGCAACAUGUCCGCAUGCACCUUGGUGGGCAGAUCCCCAACGGGGCGCUCCUCCCCGAGCCCCCCGCUUCUGAGGGGGCCCCCCUGGGCGAGGGGGAAAAGCAGCAGCAGCAGCAGCAGCAAGCUUCUCCAAAGGAUGAGGAGCUCUCGGAGGAAGAGGAAGAAGAGCCCACGGAUGAAGACUCUUUGGAGAGUGGAGGGGAAAAGGCCGAGGGGCCCUCAAGCCCUGAACAGGAAGCUUCGGGGCCCACCAAGGAGGCGGAGGACACCGUACAGGCAGAGGAGGAAGAUGGAGGCACCAGCGCUGCCUCGCCUCUGGGGCCCGGAAGCCCUCGGCGCCCUGUGCAGGAGGGGGAAGAGAAAGCCGAGAUGGAAAAGGGGGGAAUGCCGCAGGAGGAGGAGGACCCGGAGAAGGGAGCAGGAGGGGAAGGUCCGUCGGAGAGGCAGCAAGGAAGCCAGGCCAAAGAGGGUCCGACACUCGUUUGCGGGCUGUGCAAACAGGCCUUCCCAGACCGGGCCGCUCUGCGUAAACAUGCACUGACUGCCCACCACCAGGUUAAUCUCGGCAGCCCCGUCUGGAGCAGCCAGGCACGACGGGGGCGGCGUGUGCCCCUCGACGGCCCGGUGCCUGUGCUGUCCGGCGGCCAGGUCAAGCUGCAGGACUUCCUGGGACGCGACGUGCCAGCCCAGCUGGUGGGCGUGGGGCCCCUGUCUUUCUGGAACCAGUACACCGCCUUCCUGUCCGGAGGCCUCCCAGCCAAGCCGGCCCACAGCACCUCUGCGCCUGCCCUGUCCUCCUCUUCCUCCUCUUCCAACAUGGCCACCCCAAGCCUCUUUGGAUCAAGCGGCGCGCCUGGACGGGCCGGCCCUGGCGACGGCAAAGAGAAACCCCCCGUGGGACCACUGCUGCUGCUUCCGCCGCCGCCCACCCCGGCCCCCGCUCCCGCUCCGGAGGUGCCCCCAGAGAGCCAAGGGAAGGGGGAGAAGUAACCGGAUGGCGACGCAAGCCCCUGUCCGGGGGAACUGUGCUAGUGAUACCCAGGGUGUGGGGGGAAGAGAUCCCCACAGCAAGCCCUGCAGGAGAAGUGACUCCAGUCUAAUUCUAGCAGCAUUUUAGUCUUUUACUUUUAAUGUAGCUUGGACGACCGUCAGCCGGAAAGAGAUGAUCCAGUCGGUGGGCGGGGGAGCAAGGGAGCCGCCUGGAACCUUUUAUUAUUGGGGCAAUAAUAAAAAAUGGGUCCCCACUAGUGAAGGGAAGGAUGCCAGAAUGUUCGGGUCCAGCAAGGAGAAGAUACCUUGAAUUUUCCCCCAAUAAAAGCAGUUUGACAGAACGA